GGGGAAAGUUAUGAUAUUAUGGAAAUAAAGUCAGAAAUAUUAAAAAAAAUAUAUUAUUUAUGAAGAGAAAUUGAAUAUUUGGAAAAUUUAAAAAAAACUGCAAAAAUGGGGGAAAAGCAGCAAAGACGGAAGUUCAUAACGUCAAAUCAAAUAACGAGCUUCUUCAUCUUUAUCACAAAGCUGAGACGCACAACAUACAACACAAAAUCUUGAUAAUGCACUCAUACUCACAUCAAGGUGAUGAUGAUAAUAGAGAUGUGCUUUGUUUUCUUUACAACUUAUAAGUAUAUCUACAUUGGAUUAGCCUUUUUAGUUGUGCUUGUAAUUGUAAUGUCACGUUUGAAAUCUAAUGUAUUCAUUGCAAAGUAAUGUUUCUCUCGCACUUGUGAGGAUGUUUUUUCCAACUGAGGAUGCUGCACGUGUCAUCAGACAUCAGCACACAACAAAGUGGCUCCAUCAGGAAGCGGAACAAUCCCUUCCUUUUUCUUCCCUCCUUCUUGUAAUUUUCCAGCCGUGUCAGCAGCCUGCCUGUGUAAUCGGACCUCUGACAUCAUGGUGGCCCUCAGAGUGAAACCAGAUGUAAUUCUGGUCUGCCUCCUUGUGUACUUCCCCAAAAAUCAAACCCAUAUAAGCUCGGCGCUGACCUACUUGCUUAGCAGACCAAACCCGGACGUCUUGAAGCAAGCCUGACUGAUCGACUGCUCAACUUGAGGAUGUGGCAGUGUGUUUACCUGUUGCUGCUGGCCGUGACAGCGCUGGCUCACAUCGAUCAGGUGACCCUGGAUGGCCACUGGGAGCAGUGGAAGCUGACCCACGGACGCGAGUACAACGGACUGGACGAGGAGGGGAUCCGUCGGGCCAUCUGGGAGAAGAACAUGCUGAUGAUCGAAGCCCACAACCAAGAGGCGGCGCUGGGCAUCCACACGUACGAGCUGGCCAUGAACCACCUGGGCGACAUGACGUCAGAGGAAGUGGUGGACAAGAUGACGGGUCUGCAGAUCCCCAUGAACCGUGAGCGUGGCUUCACCAUGGAGCUGGACCAGCAGGACUACCGCCUCCCCAAGACUGUGGACUACCGCAAGAAGGGAAUGGUGACACCCGUCAAAGACCAGGGCUCGUGCGGCUCCUGUUGGGCGUUCAGCUCUGCGGGGGCCCUGGAGGGCCAGCUGGCCAAGACGACGGGCCAGCUGAGGAACCUGAGUCCUCAGAACCUGGUGGACUGCGUGACGGAGAACAACGGCUGUGGAGGAGGAUACAUGACCAACGCCUUUAAGUACGUGCGGGACAACGGAGGCAUCGACUCGGAUGAGUCGUAUCCGUAUGUGGGCCAGCAGCAGAUGUGUCGCUACAACUCCUCCGGCACGGCGGCCGAGUGUCGAGGCUUCAAGGAGGUUCCGGAGGGCGACGAGCACGCCCUCGCCGUGGCGCUCUUCAAAGUGGGACCCGUUUCUGUUGGCAUCGACGCCGCGCAGGGAACCUUCCAGUUCUACCAGAGAGGUGUUUACUAUGACCCCAACUGCAAUAAAGAUGACAUCAAUCACGCCGUGCUGGCUGUGGGCUACGGCGUGACCCCCAGGGGGAAGAAGUACUGGAUCGUCAAGAACAGCUGGAGCGAGGGCUGGGGCAACAAAGGUUAUGUCCUGAUGGCUCGUAACCGUGGCAACCUCUGUGGCAUCGCCAACCUAGCCAGCUUCCCCAUAGCGUGAUGGAUAUUUGGUGUCUCCGUGGGUGGCCGCGAUGUCACUGUGAGCUGCUGGUAUUUGUUUUUAAAGCGCGCACAUAAAGAGCCGUCGCUGGGCGACGCUGUUGAGCACUUUUAUGAUGAUUAUUCAAGUGUAAAAUGAUGUUUUAUAGGAAAUGAAAUAAACUUGUUGAAGGCACUUUGACUCUGUGAGCA